AUGUCGGUAUAUUCCACCUGGGAACAAUCCGCCAUGGUUCUCGAUCGGAACAGUAAAUUUCGAUCCGGAUACAAAACGUCCCGGCCGACAUUUGACCCCCCAGAUACAGACUUUCGUCCACGAAAACGACAUCGUCCUAACGGUCCAUUACCCAGUGGUCCAGGCCAGAGCCUCCUCAGUAUCAGCAACGACCACGGGCUGCGUCGGGCAGAUGAUGACACGCUACGACGGCUCUUGGGAGCCGAUCGUGCACAGAAGGUCGAAAAAAAGGAAGAACCACGGUUGCAGCAACGCUCGGGGCUGCGGCGGCAGGAGGAUCCAACGGUCAAGGACUGGGGGCUUGCCUUUUCAACGCGCACGCCAUCUCCCCUGUUAGUAUCUGUUACCCUGAUAGAGGCUUUCGAUGCAGUGCUGUUCAUCCACAAGACGGUCAAAUUAUUUCUCAAUGCAUCGGCGGACUUCGGUGCAAUAGCAGCUAAAGUUACCUCUCCUAGCUCUGCUCCUCACCAGCGGCCUCUGCGUCCGGCGACAGUACAAAAGUUACAUGAUCCGACAAUCACGCCCGGAACACUAUGUACUAGACUAGGCGAACCUAAAAUCGAGGCUAGUGACCUCGACAUGGUCUUGCCCUUACCGGCCAGGAAUGCACCUCGACAACCAGAUCAACCGACACAAACGGACAACAAUACUUUAGUCCCAUUUACUCAGCGGUAUGCGCCCGGAGGAUUUCAUAUUUGGUCUCAUCGAGUCGUUAAGUACACAAUAUCGGAAGACCUGAGUGACCCUAGCGCCGUGUCACGCGCGAAGCUAUACGCUCUAGCAGGGCGUUGCAAGUGA